CAAAGAGAGAAUAGCUAAAGAGAAUAUGUUAAAUUUAGAAAAUAAAGAGAAUAUGUCAGAUUUAGAAAGUGAAGAGAAUAUGUUUAAUUUAGAAAGCAAAGAUGAAGAAGAUAUAGGACCUGCAUAUUUAUUAGUUAAAAAUCAGAUCUUUAAAUCUUUGAAAACUACUAAUAAUGAAUCAUCAUUAUUAGUUAUAAGGAACAAUGCUGAAAGUUUAAUUAGAAUAGAUCAAAAAGAUUAUAAUAAUUAUGAAGGUAAAUUUUCAGUAACAAGUCAGAAUGCUGAAAAUGCUAAAAGUUUAAUUAGAAUAGCAGGCUAUAAUUCUUGUAUAUGCAAUUCAGAUAGAUUAAACAAUUGUGAAAAUAUUGAUACUGAGAGUUUAAUAAGAACAA